UUCUGACGGUGUUCCGAUGGAAAUCCACCAGUUCAUAAAAAUUGCGUUUAAAAAACAACAAAAUAUUUCACUGCUCAUACCUUUGCGCACCAGAACCGAGGUCAUCCAGUAAAGCGCAAUACCGAAUCCGUGAAAACGCCGAUCAUACCAUGGCCAGCGGUAGCGAGAGCUCGGACGAGUUUUACGAUGCUAUGGACGACAGUCUAGUGGCUAAAACGCUAGACGAAACGACCAUUAGCAGCAGCAGUAGCAAGAGACGUCCCGGAAGAUCGCACGAUACUGAACUAAAUGCAGCUUUCAGCACAUUAAGCCUGGAGCAACCAAACCGUUCCCACCAUGGACAACCGGCCGACGAAAGUGGCGCUCAUGUGUCUUCAAAAGAACCUUCAAAGAGUCCCAAAUUGGGUGCUGCUGCGGGUUUCGCAGCGUCCGUAGCAGAACACGUCUUCAAGGAACCAAAAUCACUUCGUAGUCAACGAUUUCACGAGUUUCGCCAAGCAAUGCAAAACGAUGAUGACGAGAAUCCGGGCAAUAUACUGACACCCGAUUCACAGAACAGCUCCGUUGAAGGUGUCUAUGUGGCACCCCGGUCUAACUAUCCUUUCCGGGUGAUCGAGAGUGAUGUCACCAGCAUUCACAGUAUCUGCUCACUUGGAAUCGUUGGACGCAUCAUGGCUGGAGGCAGCAUCGAUGCCAGUGGGCAUAGCGUCGGAAAGGACUCUACAGCGGUAAAGCAGGUGCAACCACAGGCGAUUAGCAAGCAGCAACAAUCGCUUCUUCAGCAGCAGCAACCAGCGAGUAAAAAAGGAGCACAAGGCGGUGAAGUUGUCGCGGGCACAAGCCGGGUAAAAUUAGAUUCGAGCACAAAGGAACCCACGGUGUCGACGAAGACAAAUGAGAUGCUAAGUGCGGUCAUCUCCACCGUCACCAUACCGCUUGCGGAGUCACGCCCGGUCGCUCCACCGCGUAGGAAGAAAAAAAUGCGCAAACUGUCCAGCAGCUCCUCCGACCAGUGCACGGCCAACGAGCCCGGCGGGGGUGGAGGUGCGGGCACCAGCGACCAACAGCCGACGGAUAGCUCCUCGAGCGAGGUACUGAUGGUGAAGUCGGCUCAAUCGCAACCCAUGAUCGCAAAGCUGUCGACGGACGACCUGGCGUCCAGGGGUGAAGCCCCGGCCAGCGGCACGAACGGGGGCAGUAUCGUCAGUAGCGGCUCCGAUGGUACCACAACGACGGGCGGUGCGGACAGCUACAGUGGCAAAACGUUACCGUCCCCCGCUACGCUCGAGUCGAUAACGCGCGAAAUCGAAAACUCGUUCGAGGAAGCGGCGAGUGCGGUGGCCGGUAGCGUCGGUGGCUCGGGUGCGAUGCUAAUAAACGGCGGUACCGGGUCGUUGACGCGCCUUGCCAGCACGCCCACAGCCGUGACGUCCGUCGGUGGUAGCGGGGCCGGUGGCUUGUCCCGGUGCACCACAACGCAGCUCAGCCCCACCGGGAGCAUGAAGAGCGUCUCGGCGAUGGCUCGCGCCAGCUGGACCGACAACUCACAGGGGCUCAUCUCGCGUGUCACCAAGGGCCAGUACGUGGUAAAGCCAACGGACGGGGUGUUCAACAAGGCGGAGGGCCCGUCGGGCGAUGAGAUUGCGCGGAUCGACCGAAUCCACAAGGAGUUUCUGAGCAACAUCAGCAACAGUGGUAGCAUCGGUGGAACCGGUGCAGCUGGUGGUGGUGGUGGUGCUGGUCCCGGUAGGGGCAGCCUCGGUAGCCAUCGCAAGAACUACUCCAUCACGGGCACGAACAGCCUGGAGGGUGGCAUGCGCACAAGCCUGAUGGCGAAGCAGCUGCACGUGAAGGAACGCCGAAAGUCGGCCGGCGACGAGGAUAUGCUGAAGCAGUUGAACAUGUACGUGCGCACACGCACCAGCUCCGGCAAGCAGCUGACGGACAUGGAGAUCCUCGAGCAGGUGCCGGUGAAAAACCUCGACACGGGCGAGAACUUCCCGCUGUCGGCGGUGGAAGAGAAGCUGCCGCAGUGCAUUAACCCGCUCUCGCUGCACAUCAUGCGCCUGACCAGUCACAUCCCCGAGACGGACGAGGAGUCGGUGGGCCCGGGCCAGCCCGGCGACUCGGACUCGGUGCAGCCCGGCUACGAGGAGGAGCUGGAGGCCGAGGGACUCGAGGGCGGGCGGUUGAAGCGGCGCACGGCCGCCAAGCUGAAGCGCUUCUUCCGCACGACGGCGAAGAAAACGGUCAGCAAGGCCAAGUCCAUCGCGUCGGAGGUGUCGCACGCCCGGCACAAGGAGGACGUCGCCGACAUCCAGGACGUGAGCAACCCGGAGCAGAACAUCAAGAUCAAAGCGUCCAGCACAAACAAGGGCCCGUACGACUUUGCCAAGCUGCAGCACGUGCAGGAUCUGACCGGCGUGCACACCGUCGCCGUGUGGUGCAUGAAGUUUAGCAGCUGCGGGCGCCUGCUAGCGACCGCCGGCCAGGACCGGGUGCUCUGCAUCUGGGUGCUGAAGGACGCGUACCCAUUCUUUCAGGCGCUGCGAACCAAAUACAAUGCCGCGGACCAAAAGUCGUCGCCGACGCCGUCGGAAGAGUCGCUCAACUCGACGCUGAACGCGGCGCACGCCGCCGAGGACGGUGCGGCCCUGCCGGAACCACCGGACGACGUCUCGCCCGGCCCCUUCAUGCCGCACUCGUUCUGCACGUACUCCGGCCACACGUCCGACCUGCUCGACGUGUCCUGGUCGAAGAACUACUUCAUCCUCUCGAGCUCGAUGGACAAGACGGUGCGGCUGUGGCAUAUCUCGCGCCGGGAGUGCCUCUGCUGCUUCCAGCACAUCGACUUCGUGACGGCGAUCGCGUUUCAUCCGCGCGACGACCGCUACUUCCUCAGCGGCAGCCUCGACGGCAAGCUGCGCCUGUGGAACAUACCGGAGAAGAAGGUGGCGCUGUGGAACGAGGUGGACGGCCAGACGAAGCUCAUCACGGCGGCGAACUUCUGCGCCAACGGGAAGUUUGCCGUCGUCGGCUCGUACGACGGUCGCUGCAUUUUCUACAACACCGACCAGCUGAAGUACCAUACGCAGAUACACGUGCGCUCGACUCGGGGCCGCAACGCGAUCGGGCGCAAGAUUAGUGGUAUCGAGCCGAUGCCUGGUGAGGACAAAAUCCUGGUUACAUCCAACGACAGUCGCAUCCGACUGUACGACCUGCGUGAUCUUAACUUGAGCUGCAAAUACAAGGGCUACUUCAACUCGUCGUCACAGAUCAAGGCAUCGUUCAGCCACGACGGCAAGUACAUCAUAUCCGGCUCGGAGAAUCAGUGCAUCUACAUUUGGAAGACGCACCACGAGUACACCAAACUCAGCUCGGUAGGGGUGCGGCGCGACCGGAGUGACUUCUGGGAAGGUAUCAAGGCGCACAACGCGACGGUCACUUGUGCAAUAUUCGCUCCACACCCGGAAGCCAUCAUCAAACCGGAUCCGGACGAGUCGACGAGUGCAGACAAUAUUUCGGUAAAUCAAUCGUUCGCCGAGCAGAGCAAAAAAGCAUGCCGAGGGUACGUGAUGGUAAGCGCUGACUUCAAUGGCUGCAUCAAGGUGUUUAUCAACAAGACGAAGCCGAAACACAGCAGCCUGCCGUACACGGCGAUAGCGGACUAACUGGUGCUGCUUCCGGUAUAUCAAUGGGCUAAUGGGGACGUUGGGAUUUAUCUGCGAUUCAUUACACGGCAACACGAUGGUCGCCAAAGAGUGGAGUUAGGCGCGCGCUUCAUCGCCCAGCAUGAGAAUGGGAAGAGAACAUUUAAGUUAUUAACAUAUUACACUGUGAAUGUAGCUGUAGUCUUGCCAAUCCACGGCACCACCAGCAGCAACCCGGGUUGGGUAACACUCGGAAAACGGUCACACUGUAAUUACAGGCUCUAGAACUAGGAUAACACCAAUAUGUGUUUGUUGCGUAGCAGCUGUAGGCAUAAUUGGGAUCUGGGGGAAAAAAGAAAGGAAUUGGCUACCGCCGGAACGGAAAACGACCCGGUGCCGGUGAGCGUUUAGGGCACGAGUUAAACGUAGGGAGGCACUCCUAUCCCAUCUGCUUCUCCAUUGCUCUCUGUUUGCGUGGGUUUUGGUUUUAUAGUACAAGCUUCCGAGACGCCAAUGCUUCCAAUGUGCAAUGCUGUUCACCAUUACAAGGCGCACCAAAAUUUGUGUUCUAGAAAUAGCCAUCGUAAUAUCGAUUAUUAAACAAAAAAACAAACACACUCACACACACGCGUACACAGAUAUAAACAAACAUGUUUGCUAGUCCUUAUCCAUGCUAGUGUUACUUUUACUCAUCCCCGCGUAUUAAAUUAGAUAUUUUAUAUGUUCCUUCAGUUGUUUGCGUACGGUACCGGCUGUGUAUUGUGUUGGUGGUUUUUUUUUUUUGGUUCAAAUAUAGGUGUACUCUAGUGUGCGGUGCUGCACGCAGGCUGCCGGUGCGCCACGGGGUUGGUGUUCGCACACAUGUUGAUACGAGCUGUAUGUACCUAGUUGUAGUUUCUGUUUAUUACUUUUGAUUAUAUAUAUAAAUAUUUAUAUACAUAUUAGCGCACCAACCCCCCACACAACCAAGUUCAAACCAACCUGUUUGUAAUAGAGGACCGUGGCACCAGCACCACCAAGUGGCAGCAGUUUCUAGCGUUAUGGUACAAUCGAACGGUGCUUGGGUAGUGACUAACUAUACUGACGCGGGAGGAGCAUUGCACGGGAAAAGACAAAACCAUUGCAGUAGCAAGGCAAAGAAACCAAUGACCGGAAAAUGGCGAGAGCGUACGAAACGAACCAAUCCCGAAGGAUGUCGCGACCCGAGAAGCAAACGAGUGAAUGAAAGUCGAAUUGAAACGCAAGACAGAUGAUAAUUAGUCGUAGAGGAAUCCAGUCAGUGUCAAAAGGACGGGUGGAACCAAUAAGA